CCCAAUUAAUGAGCCACAUAUUAAAUACCUACGGAAUCAGAAUAAGCCACGCUCAUUUUUGAAAAACUUUUCUUAUUAUCUUAUGUCUACCCAAGAAGAUGACGAUGAUUCUGAACGUUAUAGUAUUCAACCAGCUCAAAUUUCUGAUGACGGUUACUUAACAGCCGAUAUUGUUAAUGAAUUUGAUACUUCCAAGAUUCCUUUUAAAUAUCAAUUGAGUCUAAGAAAUUUAUACGCAAUUAAUGAUCGAUAUGAUUAUAUUAUUACAAGUUAUCCUGUUCAAGAAUCCAACAUUACUACUCUCGAUGAAGACAGAUACUUACCAAAUGGUACAAUAUAUCGUGUGGUAACUGCCAUUGCAUACUCAACUUGGUUUUACAUUGCCUGGGGUCCACCAGUUACCAUUAAAUUCAUUACUACUCCCACUGAAAUCGCAUAUAAUGAAACUGUAUAUUACAAUAACCAAGACUUAAUAACUUGUGAAUACGAAUUCUCUUGGACUUUCAUCCUAAACGGUUAUGUUAAUCGAAAAUGCGAGAAUGAGUCUACGUUCAGUGUAAUAUCUUAUGUUAAAGGAUCAAACUUGUUUGGAUUCACAUUUUAUAGUUAUGAUGAGAAAAAAGUUUACGCUCAUACUACUAUACCGGAUUUAGCUGUUUGGGAUUUCUUUAGAAGGAGUGUAUUCAUAGACCACAACGCUCCAUUUCCAUCUCUCAUACCUGCUCUUUAUACCGCUUAUUAUGAUUGGAUUGUUAAUAUGAGAUCUACUUUUACCUUUAG